AUGGAGACAGAGCAGGAACUUGCUUUGGAGGAUAUGCUCCGGCUGGUCAAAUCCCAUGCCUUUGAGAUGAAAAGAAGUUUGGAUAAAAGGGAUAUCCGAGAUGGUCUUCGGCAUGUUAACAACAUGCUCAACGAGUUGAGAACUCCGAACCUGAGCCCCAAGUUUUAUUAUAGAUUAUGUAUGUGCUGUAUUUUUUGUUUUAUCUCAAUUUUAGAUAUUGAUGUUACGAAUGAGUUGCAACAUUUCCUGGCGUAUCUUCUAGAUGAAUAUAUGGUUGAAGGAGAAAACAAAAUCACUGAACUGUAUGAAUUGGUACAAUUUGCUGUACAUAUUGUUCCAAGAUUGUAAGCUUUCUAAUUUGUCGCUUUUAUUGUUUUUAGGUAUCUAAUGAUCACUGUUGGAGUGGCCUACAUCAAAUCGAAGGAAACUCCUUGCAAAGACAUUUUGAAGGACAUGGUAGAGAUGUGUCGCGGAGUUCAGCAUCCUCUCAAAGGUUUAUUUCUAAGGAACUAUUUGUUGUCUUGUACAAAAGAACUUUUGCCAGUAGGGCCACCCGGUGUAAAUGACGAAGAAGGAAAUAUAAAUGACAGUUUGGAGAUCGUAAUGACCAACUUCAGUGAAAUGAAUAAACUGUGGGUUAGAAUGCAGCAUCAGGUACGUUAAUCUUAUGUUUUAUAUAUGCUUUACAGGGACCAAGCAGGGAAAAAGAGAAGAGGGAACGUGAGCGGCGUGAGCUGAGGAUUCUCGUAGGAACGAAUCUGGUCAGACUCUCUCAGUUAGAACUGUUGGAUCUCGAGAUGUACAAAACGUUGUUAUUGCCGGGUAUAUUGGAACAAUCGGUCUCUUGUAGAGAACCAAUCUCUCAGGAAUAUCUGAUGGAAUGUGUUAUUCAAGUAAGGUGAUUUUUUGUUUAAAUCUCCAGUUUAGGUAUUCCCAGAUGAAUUUCAUCUUGCCACACUCUCUGAAUUCCUCGGCGCUUGUCUCUCGCUUCAUCCCAUGGUGCAGAUCAAGAAUGUUCUCUGUGCCGUAAUUGAACGUUUGGUCGAAUUUUCUCUUCAAAAUGACAAUCCAGAUCUUCCAAGAGAAUACAAAUUGUUUGAGGUUUUCUCCGAACACUGUGAGAAGAUUAUUUCUGAGAGAGAAGAAAUGCUGCCCGAAGACAUUGUGGCCAUCCAGGUAAAAAAUAGAGAAACGAUUAAUUAUAUUGUUUUAGAGAGCUCUGGUAAAUCUAGCUAUCAAGUGCUAUCCCUCAAAAACCGAAUAUGCUAAUACAGUGUUCUUAUCGACGGCCUCGGUAUUUGAGAGAUUGAAAGAAAAUGAGUAAGUAGUCUGAAUUCUUAUUGAUUAUGGCUUUAGUGUUCCUCCGAACAAGAAUGUUGGAAAAGAACUGAUAAAGUUGCUGAAGAUGCCAGUAGAAUGUUACCCCAAUUGUCUGACUUUCCUUGAAUUGGAUGCAUUUAAGAGUGUUCUGAAUAUUUUGUCGAUUAGAGGAAGGACUAAUGUUUGCUCAGCAAUAAUAAAGACGAUCAUAGAACGAGAAAUCUUCAUUACGGAGGAAGAUCAGUUGGAAAAGGUGGGAGAUGACACGAAUGUGUUCUGUUAAAUUUCUUUUGUGGGUUUACAUUGGGGUUGCUAAUUUGACGGAUUUUUUUUUUUUCAAUCUGACGGCAAGUUGACGUCAAAUUAGCGUUAUUUUCAUCAUUUUUGCUAACAGUGGAAGUACCCCAAGUGAGACGCUCGGAUUUUAAUGAAACUUGGCACAAAUUUGUUCUAAGAUAUAUACAAGGUUCCUAGCUCGCGCUUUGCAGAAACGAGAGAGAUAUUUAGAUCGAAAGUCGGCGUAAAUGUGACAGUCUUGCGAAUUUUGGCAUGAAAAGUAUCGUAUCUGUUUCUACCGCAGAAGGCAACGUUUCCACAAAAAAAUAAUUUUUUUCCGCAAGCGGCGUAUGACAAUUUAUGACCAAAAAGUGUUUUUCGGUCUAAUCGCUAUACAAGUUCACGAUUUGACAACGUGACUGACGCUAUUAACCCUAGUUUACAUGCGGCUAAUUUUUACGUUUUAGUUGUUCGAUAUCUUGGAUACAUUACUGAUCCCACAAGAGGGAGAGUCUAAGGAUCUCGAGAAUAAUGAGGAAUUUGAAGAGCAAAUGGAGUUGGUUGCCGCGUUGCUCCAUUCGGUACGCAAUGAGAAUCCAGAAAUCCAUCUCAAGUUUUUAUCCAAAAUCCGAAAAGUGUUCGGAAAAGGAGGACCUCAACGGCUAGUCUUCACCCUUCCACCUUUAAUAUUUACAACUUUUUCACUUAUUCCAACAUAUACAGAGGCCGUAAAAAAUGGGGUGAGUAAUCAGCGGUUGACUUUAAGUCUGCUUUUGUGUCAAUAAUCUAUUACGUGAUGUGUAUUUCAGGAAGGGUCAAAUCAAAAAGUGAUCAAAAUCUUCCAAUUUUGUCAGAACACAAUUAAUGCCCUCAAAACAGAAACCGAAAGUUUCGAAGUUUGUCUGAAUCUCCUUCUUCAGGUGAGUUCUCCCGUGCUUCCUAUAAUAUUUACAUAAAUUACUAUGAAUAUUUAUUGUGAUCACAUUCUAGGGUGCCCUUGUUGCCGACAGAACCGAAUUUGAAGAUUCGGAAACAGUUGCAUAUGAAUUUGUGUCCAGUGUGAGUUAGAUCUAAAAUAGAUUAACGUGGAUUAUGAAAUUCAUUAAUCAUUUCAGGCAUUUACGAUCUUCGAAGAAGACCUCACGGAAUCCAGGGUUCAAGCCCAUUGUCUUUUCCAGAUGAUUGGCACAGUCCAGGCAUUACAUAAUGUUAAGGAUGAGAAUCAUGAUACGCUCAGAAAUCAGUGUGCAAUGUAUGCGUCCAAAUUACUCAAAAAAGCCGAUCAGGCGAAGGCUUUGUGUUCGGCAUCUCAUCUCUUCUGGUUCUCCAAACCCAAGGAUUCCGAAGAGAUUAUCAAAAACGGACAAAGACUCUCGGAAUGUCUGAAAAAAGCCCUUAAGGUCACCUCUCAAUGUAUGGAAGAUCAAGUCCAAUUGGGCUUGUAUGUCCUCGUCUUGACCAAUUACGUAUAUUUCUAUGAAUUAGGAUGUGAAACAGUAAGAAGAAACAAAUAUGGUUGGAUAUAAUUUAAUUGAAUUCAGAUUGACGGAGUUCUCAUCAGCAAGAUGAUAGAUAAGAUCAGGGAUUCCCUCCAGCAGAUCGACCCCUCGCCCAACGCCGAACAACUUACGGAAACGUUCAAUGUAAGUAGUUAUUUGUAUUGUAAAGUAGUAUUGUUUUAGAAUAUCAUCCAAAAGGCCUCAACUCUCCGAAGAUCCGACUCCGAUGACUUGGCCAAACUUUUGGGCUCUCUCUAA